AACAAAGCUCAGGUGGUCUGUCAGCAAAUCUUUGCUGUUUGUUGAGGGAGAAAAAAAACCCUAGAAACUUACAUUCCCAUAACAGUUCUCUUUGUUCAAUUCCAAAACAAACAGCCCGAACUUCAUUUCUAAUUGUUUUAAGAAACAAAGACAAAAACAAAUAAAGAAAGUCGUAACUGAUACAGAGUGCGUAGUGCUAAUGGUGCGCGCUUUGGUAGAGCGACGAUGCGUGGAUUCGGUGACGAUUAACGACGGUGAUGAUCAUGAUCGCGAUUUUUAUGAGUCUGAUGAUGAUUAUGAUUAUGAAGGUUGUGUUGGACGGAAGCUAACGUAUAUUAGGCUUCCUCAGACUCAGCUCAGUCUCUCUGUUUUGAAGCUCGACGGUUCUUUCUUCGAUGUGCAUGUUGCGAGGAAUGUUACAGUGGCGGAGCUUAAAGAAGCCGUAGAGGAAGUUUUUGCUUUGUCCCCAAGGGACAGUCAAGGAAAAAUUUCAUGGAUGCAUGUUUGGGGACACUUUUGCUUAUCCUAUGAAGGUCAAAAGUUGGUUAAUGACAAAGCUCGAAUUCAGGAUUUUCGGAUCAAGGAUGGCGAUCAGAUUGACUCUGAAAAUAUGAUCACAGACUACAGUUCUGGAUUAUUUGUAGCAUUAGUAGUAGCUCAAAUGGAACUGAAAGCUUUUUAUAUAAGGUCAUCAUCAGGAUCAGAUGCUCUUGAAGAGAUGAGACAUACUUAUCUUGCUGAUAAAGAAAAUUAUUUAGAAAAUCAAGAAGUAAGCUCAUCAUCAGGAUCACAUGGUUGUGGAGAGAAGAGACAUCCUGGUCUCGCUUAUGAAGAUAGUUUACGAAAUCAAGAGGACAGCUACAACUACUAUAAUUAUGAACAUGUGGAGGAAAUGCCUGCGCCAGAGUUCAAGUUGGCUCACUUCCUAAGAGGGUGGUUGUCAUACACCAGAUUGUGGGGUGUUUCAAGAAGGACAUCAGAAGGCAAGAGCCGUCCUUCCAGAUUCGCUCGACAUCGCUUAGCAGGUGCACACAGCAAUAUGGUACAGCUUUGA